UACAAUAUGUAACGGCAUGUGGAUUACAUAUCGUUACCUUAGUAAUACAUAGCAAGAAAGGGUUGUUUGGGAAAGUUUAUUACAGAAUACCUUUUGAAUUUAGUGCUUAGCAAAACCCAAACGAAUUUGAAUAAAGUUUAACUUUCAGGCUUAAAAAGAACAAUUGAUAUUUAUCACUUACACAGCAUUUUCAGGCUUACCUUUCACUAACUGUUGACAACUUUUAUUCACUCAUUUUCUAUUGUUGUGCAUUUAGGAAAAUCAGCGUCCCUGACGCUGUUUGUUUCUACAAAACUCAGCGUGUCCAUCUCUUACUUCGUGCUGCCGUUGUGGACUGCCGAACUACUGCCCCAGGGUCUGCGAGAAACGGCCCUAGUCGUGGCGGAGAUCGUCAGCCUCACGUGCCCCGUCUUCCUACCUUUGCUCAUAUAUCAGGGACGCACACUGCACAGCCUUCCAAUGACUCUUAUAGGAGUUCUACAAAUCCUAGGGGGCCUAGUAGCAUUGGGAUUGCCUGAAACGCGUCUCGUAAAUUUCCUUAACCAACCAGCUGUGGUGCCGGCACAGUGUGCGGAACCAUGGUCAGCCCAUAACUGUGGUCAUUGCUGUAACACACCCAAAUGCAAUCCUAGAAAUGGUUUACGAAACUCCAAUCCAGUUCCCCAGUCACCAAUAUUUAGCCUUUUACGGUGUCAAGAAGGUCAAAGGCCUUAUUCGGAACAAAACUCUUCCAUUUCGGAGGUGAUUGGUCCUAAGCCUCUUGAUGGGCAAGUAUCCUUGGAUGAACUCAAAGUCACUGUUCUUUGAUAACGUUAGUUUCUAAACUAGACGAAAAAAUUUGUACCACAAGAGUAUUAGAAAUCUAACAACACAGCAAAACAGAAACAGGAUUUCUCGAAAUUCAUCUAGUAUUCGGAUGAACCAAACGGAGCAAGAUCAUAGAGCUCCUUUUUGAAUUUACUACAAGGAACCUUUUUUUAAAUAAAAGGAAAUAUCAAACCAUUAGAUACAGCUUUGCUUCAGAUUUCUGGUAUUAUUUCUGUCAAGCAAUUCAUUGAAGCUAUAUGAGCAAUGACGAAAAAAAAAAAUUCGAACCUUGACAAUCGUGCUUUAUUUUUUAACAGCUACUGGUUAUGUACAUGAUUUUUUGCUGUUCCAAUGCUUACAGAGGAAUAGAUGGAGGAAGAAUAUGUUCUUUUUUUUUAUUAUUUUAAGGAUGAAGAUUAAACCAAGCAUAUGUCAAUUCGAACAUCAAUGGCACAUUAAAUCUCUGAAUAUCCAAGGCAAUACAACAGUUAUUCUGCUAGUAUCUGGAAAGAAUAGCAGACCCAAAGAAUGCACACAUUGCGUCGAAUCACAUUUGAACUCAUUUUGACGUCAUUCAAACCUUCAAUCAAUUCAGUGGCAAAUAGUUGUUAUGCAGCGACAAGAAUUUACAUCAUAAUGUCUGGCAAUACGAAUCAUCUGGGAUAAAGAAUAUAGUCACUGGAUUAUGGAUGAACGUGUGAUAACUAGUGGUACUCAAUAAAUAGUAUACCGUCUUGAACAACUGUAAUGUUACUCAUUUGAUGUAUCAUCGCAAUGAUUUCAACAUCUCGUUGACUUGACGUCAUAUCAAAACUCCACAGCUAUAUGUGCUCAUGAAGGAGCUGUGCGUUGAUCGACAGGCAGUCCAACAUUUUGACACUUCAUUUUAUGUAAAAAAUAUGUUCUGUUUCGGGCACCUAUUUCUUAAACGCAUUUUU